AUGUACUCUUAUGAGAAAUUACAAUUUUUGGACACAGAGGUGGUGAUUCAGGGUGAUACUCUGGUCACUGACCUCUUUGUGAAACCUACGGAUAAGAACACUCUUGUCAGAUAUGAGAGUCACCACCCGAGACCGAUGAUUGAGUCUCUUCCCCUAAGUCAGAUGCUGCGGGUGGCUAGGAUAGUCGAUGUCUCCAACAAGACACAAGUGGCCGAGUUUGUAUUUUCCGGGCUGACCAAGGACAAGAGGCUGGAAAAUUUUCUCUUCACAUUGUUCAUGGUCAUCUACCUUGUCACCAUAGUGGCAAAUUUAGGCUUGGUAGCUAUUGUCAGGACCACAUCAACCCUCCAGAUCCCAAUGUACUACUUCCUGAGUUACCUCUCUCUGGUGGACAUCUUCUAUUCUUCUACCAUAACUCCUAAGAUGCUUUCUGACCUUAAAUCCUUGAAGAAGAAUAUAUCCUUUGAAGGUUGUGCUCUUCAGUUCUUCUUCUAUGCCUCUCUGGCCUCCAUAGACUCCCUUAUCCUCUCCAUCAUGUCCUAUGACCGCUAUGUUGCCAUCUGCCACCCUCUCCAUUAUAUGACCAUAAUGACAAAGAAGAAAUGUCUAUAUCUUGUUCUUCUUUCGUUCUCCAUUGGCUUCUUACAAUCUUCAGUACAGACCAGCUGUGCGUUCUCUCUUCAAUUCUGUGGGUCAAACCUGAUCAACCAUUUCUACUGUGAUGCUCCUCUGCUCUUCAGACUGUCCUGCUCGGAUACAUCUACUUGUGACAAGGUCACUGUCUACAUUGUCAGUGCCAUGGGCAUGGGUCCAUUGAUGACUAUCCUAUUGUCGUACCUCUUAAUUGUCCUUUCAAUUUCACGCAUACAAUCAGCAGAUGGCAAAAAGAAAGCCUUCAGUACCUGCUCAUCACACAUCAUAUGCAUCUCAAUCUUCUAUGGAACCAUAUUUUUCACCUACUUUCGUCCUUCUUCCAGUGUCUUUACCAUACAAGACAAGGUGGCUUCUGUCUUCUACACGGCAGUAACACCAAUGCUCAACCCCCUUAUAUAUAGUCUGAGGAACCAAGAUGUGAAAAGGGUGGUCAUAGCAUUGUUGUCAAAGCAAUUAGGGAAAAUGGGAAAAUGGUGCCAUUAA